AUGGUAAAUGGGUUGGCGCCGCAGUGCCCUGGGGGUGGAGCCGCGGUGCCAACUCUCUGGUCUAUCGGCGCUGAGGUUCUUACGUGUGGGGCGCCACGGCGCCAUACUCUGACAGUAGCGGAUCUAGGUGGUGGCGAGCUAGGGCGCCGGAACCGCCUGGAGCCAUUUUUUUUAUUGGUACCUAAGAGUGAAAUUUCAUUCCAUCGUGCAUGGAGAAGGAUUUCUUAUCGGGAGCUUCAAGAUGCAACAAAUGACUUCAGCGAAGCGAACAUAAUCGAAAGUGGAAGUUUUGGUUCAGUAUACAAAGGAACACUUUCAGAUGGGCUAAAUGUAGCGGUGAAAGUUUUCAAUUUGCAGUCCCAGCAAGUAACCAAGAGCUUUGAUAAAGAAAGUGAAGUGUUGAGCACCAUUCAUCAUAGAAAUUUAGUCAGAAUCAUUGGAUGUUGCAGUAACACAGAGUUCAAAGCCCUAAUACUGGAGUACAUGCCUAAUGGGAGCCAUGAGAAAUGGUUAUAUUCCAACAACUAUUUCUUCGACAUUCUGAAAAGAUUAAAUAUAGCCAUUGAUGUUGCAUUAGCUUUAGAAUAUAUGCAUCACAGUCAUACUUCCACCAUUGUUCACUGUGAUUUAAAGCCUAGCAAUAUCCUUCUUGAUGAAGAUAUGGUUACCCAUGUUGGCGAUUUUGGUAUAGCCAAACUCUUCGGUGAAGAGGAGCUAAUUUCUCAAACAAAGACCUUAGCAACAAUUGGAUAUAUGUCACCAAUUUAUCAACCAGUCUUAAGAAUGUUUAAUGUGCAUUUAGAAUAUGGAGCUGAAGGAAUAGUAUCCACUAGUGGCGAUGUCUACAGUUAUGGAGUAAUGCUGAUGGAGAUGUAUACAAGAAAGAAGCCGACAGAUGAGAUGUUUGACGAACAAAUGAGCUUGAAAAGUUGGAUGUAA